AUGUCCAAAUCGCGCAUGCCCCUGAUCCUCGGCCUCGGUGCCGCUGGUGGUAUCGGAUACUACCUGUACAGCGCCGGCGGCAACGCCAAGGCCGCCGAGAACAAGUUUGAGAGCGACCUCCACAAGGCCCGCGCCAACAUCAAGUCGGCCAUCCCCGGCACGGGAGGCUCGUCGCCAGACGCCACCCGGAAGCUCGAGAGCCUCGGCUCCGAGGCCGGCGCCAAAAUCGACAAGGCCGGUGCCAAGCUCGACAAGGCUUGGCAGCAGGCUGACCAGCGCGUCGGCCAGGCCCGCGACAAGACCGAGGCCUACGUCAAGGAUGCGAGAGCAGAGGCCCUCAAGGCCGUCGACAAGUUUGACAAGACGGUCGAGGACGGCGCCUCAAAGGCCAAGAGCGGCAUCUCUAGCUGGUUCGGCGGCAAAUAA